AAAUCUUCAAGAUGCGCUCAUCUCAAAGUGCUUUUGUGGCUCUGUUAGUCGUGUGCCUAAUGGAAGGGGUCUGGAGUACACCCACCCACUACACAACCCAGGCCAUAAUCGAAAAGAAGGGAUUACAAUCAAAUGGGAUUACCACUCUAGAAAAUAAAACCAUUGAACCUGUAACUGAAACAACCGAAUCGGAAUCCUUCGAAUCAACUACCGAAGAUGAAACUCCCACCACAGAAUUACCCACAACGGAAUCUAUAGAAAUUGAUUUGAAAAUAGAAGCCGACUGGCAAAAGUUUUUGACGGACUUUAGUGUGACUUACAGGAAUGAAUCGGAGACCGAAAAGCAUCGCAAAAUAUUCACUGAAAACUGGAAAAUGAUUCAGGAGCACAACGAGCAAUACAAACAAGGAAAGCAAUCCUACAAAAUGAAAAUUAACCAAUUUGCUGAUCUAAACCGGGAAGGAUGGAAAGCUAUGCUUGGCAGUCAUUAAACAUUAUUCAUAUAUUUUGUUCAUUAUUCACAAAAGUCCACAAGUAACCAGUAAAAUAUUACUAACAUAAUACAAAAUAAAUAAAUAUUCAGGGAGCA